GGCAAUCUGGGCUGAAAGCGGUUAAAAAUUAAGUCUUUUAAGACAGCCUCCUCAGACUGUAAGCUUGUUUUGUAUGAAGGAACAACGAAGAAUAUAAUAACAUGGCAGCUGCAGCAUUAUGGAUUUACACUUUUGUGCUUUUAAGUGACUUAAUCGAUGGACAGAUGACAACAGAAGUGACAACAGCUGCUGGAAAAUAUCCAGAAAAUGAGACAUCUACGACACCUCUAAAAUCAAUAACUAUAUCACCAAUCAUCACAGCUACUUCAGAAAUAACAAACACCGUGACACAAACAGCUACUGACACAUCCACUCAAACUUUAACAGGUAAAUCCACAACAUCAACAACGGCUGUCAAUUCCACAACAACAGAAACCGAUGAUCCAACAACAUCUACAACUCCAGCUGUCAGUUCCACAACAAUACCACUUUUGCCUACAGCGCCUGCCUUGAAAUCAACGACAGGAACAAUCAGUACAGCAGAGGCAACGUCUACAGGAAGCACCGAUAAGACAUCAACAACUCAAUCUACAACUACAGCCGAAACACCAACAAUUACCUCAACGUCAUCGGUAAUCAGUGUUCCAACAACAUCUACAACUCCAGCUGUCAAUUCCACAACAAUACCACUUUUGCCUACAGCACCUGCCUUGAAAUCAACGACAGGAACAAUCAGUACAGCAGAGGCAACGUCUACAGGAAUCACCGAUAAGACAUCAACAACUGAAUCUACAACUACAGCCGAAACAUCAACAAUUCCCUCAACGUCAUCGGUAAACAUUGAUCCACCAACAUCUACAACUCCAGCUGUCAGUUCCACAACAAUACCACUUUUGCCUACAGCGCCUGCCUUGAAAUCAACGACAGGAACAAUCAGUACAGCAGAGGCAACGUCUACAGGAAUCACCGAUAAGACAUCAACAACUGAAUCUACAACUACAGCCGAAACAUCAACAAUUACCUCAACGUCAUCGGUAAUCAUGCCUACAGCGCCUGCCUUGAAAUCAACGACAGGAACAAUCAGUACAGCAGAGGCAACGUCUACAGGAAUCACCGAUAAGACAUCAACAACUGAAUCUACAACUACAGCCGAAACAUCAACAAUUACCUCAACGUCAUCGGUUAUCAUUGAUCCACCAACAUCUACAACUCCAGCUGUCAGUUCCACAACAAUACCACUUUUGCCUACAGCCUCUGCCUUGAAAUCAACGACAGGAACAAUCAGUACAGCAGAGGCAACGUCUACAGGAAUCACCGAUAAGACAUCAACAACUGAAUCUACAACUACAGCCGAAACACCAACAAUUACCUCAACGUCAUCGGUAAACAUGCCUACAGCACCUGCCUUGAAAUCAACGACAGGAACAAUCAGUACAGCAGAGGCAACGUCUACAGGAAUCACCGAUAAGACAUCAACAACUGAAUCUACAACUACAGCCGAAACAUCAACAAUUCCCUCAACGUCAUCGGUAAACAUUGAUCCACCAACAUCUACAACUCCAGCUGUCAGUUCCACAACAAUACCACUUUUGCCUACAGCCUCUGCCUUGAAAUCAACGACAGGAACAAUCAGUACAGCAGAGGCAACGUCUACAGGAAGCACUGAUAAGACAUCAACAACUGAAUCUACAACUACAGCCGAAACAUCAACAAUUACCUCAACGUCAUCGGUAAACAUCAUCGAUGAAUGUGCAAACAAUACACAUUCAUGUGAGCAAAUCUGUACCAACACAAAUGGAAGCUACAUCUGCAACUGUAGAAAUGGUUUCACUGUCAACCAAGCCAACAACACCCUUUGUGAUGACAUUGAUGAAUGUGCAAGAAACACACAUAAUUGUCAACAACUCUGCAUCAACACAGUUGGAAGCUACGUGUGCAGAUGUUUUCCUGGCUUCACAGUAGUCAACAACUAUUGUACUGAUGUCAAUGAAUGUGCAACAAACACAUCAAACUGUGAUCAAGCCUGCAUCAACACAUACGGAAGCUUCAUGUGCUCAUGUAAUCCUGGCUUCAGCAAUGACUUGACCAAUCCUUCGCUUUGCGAUGUACAACGUAAAAUUAUCCUAUGGGUAACUGUCACAAGCGAGCAUCUGGAUUUGGCUGAUGAACAAAUCAGGAAGAAGGUUUUCCUAGAUCUCCAAGAACAGGCUAUGUUGUUUGCUAAUUAUCUUCACAGCAUAUACCAAACCCAAACAUUUCUGGAACUGAACUGAUGGCAAAGAGAAGUUGUGCCCAGGAGAUCUAAGUAUACAGACGGAAACAGAACAAACAGAAUAUGUUGAAUGACAUUUUGUAAUAUGUUGAAUGGCAUAACUGUGUAAUGUGUACAUAAUUCUAUGAUAGUAAUAGCAUGCAAGAGGAAAAAUUCAACCUUUCUUGCUAGCAGGGAACAACUGGAUGGACAUUGGCUGUUGGUUGUACUUCCCUCCACACAAUGAAGGCAACAGAGCUGAACGUGUGAGGGAAGCAUAGGAUUAGAUUUGAUUGAUUAGCUGCAUUUGCCACAUGUACAUCAAAACAUACAGUGCAUGGCGCCAUUUGCAUCAACAGCCAACACAAUCCAAGGAUGUACCGGGGCAACCAUAUGUGUUGUUACACUUCCCGCGCCAACAUCGUAUGCCCAGUACUUGGUAACCCUAGCCCUUACGCCUUUGGAACGUGGAAGGAAACUCAUGCAGUCAUGGGGAAAAUAUUCAAACUUCUUACAGACAGCAACGGAAUUGAACCCCAGUAAAGCAUUAGGAUAACCGCUACAUUCCCAUGUCACCUGAAUACAAGAGCUGACUGCAUCCUGUUGGAAUCACCAAAGAGUAAUUUCUCCAAUGUAUAUUCUGCCUGAUAAUGCUUGGGAAUGAGAAUAUAAAUAUCAUUCUCUGCUUCAUCUUGUUAUUUUAUAAUUACUGUUGUUUAUCAUUUACAUUUUCUAUAAUAUUAUAUUUGAAGCAAAAUUGUAUUUACUGUAUAUUCUGAACAUAAGAAUGUAUCGUGAUUUUAGCAAAAAUAAUGGGCCUAGAAAUAUAGUUCUGUCAGAAUUUGGAGUGAAUUUGAGUCACAUGCACUGAUUGAUAUCUUCGUGUGCAAUGCAACCAGUACUAAUGGCAAAUAAACUCUUCUCAGGCUUCCAGCCGGGUAUAAGUAUCAAUUAUAACCAAAAUUUUGAUGACAAACUCUGCCAUCUUCAUCAGGGAAGAUGCCACAGCAUGUCUAGUCCAGUGGCAUGUAUACACCCAUAGUAUAACAGACUAUACGUGCCCUGAUGAAGAUAGUAGAGUUUGUCAUCGAAACGUCGAUUACAAUCGAUACCUGUACCCGGCUGAGAACCCAAGAAGAGUUUAAUUGUCAUAUACCCCUGGAAAGCACUAGAUCCUCUUGCAGUACCAAUGCGAUCAAUUGGCAAUGUUAGUGAUAAGAUGACUAGUAAAAAAUUCUUAGGUAUGGCAUUUUAGGUUUUGAUUCCAAGCAUGGUUAAGACAGACAUUCCUUCCCGAGGAACAUCAGGUGGUUUCACUAACCCCACUGUCAGUAAGAGUAAGUGGGCAUUUGGAAGACUUCAGCAUUAUUUGGAUACCAGGUGCAUUGUUUUGGUACUCAGUCAGUGUAGAGCCAGCACGUCAUAUUCACACUUGCCAUCUGGCUGAUUGGGAUGAUCAGAGUGUACAGAACAUUUGUGUAUAUCAUGCACUGUACCAGGAAGCAGGGUCACUGUGCAGUAGGGAGUUGAGAGCAGGUGAUCAGUUAUUUCUGUAUUACAGCUGAUUGUGUUUGGCAAGAGGUGGCUGUCGAAACAAGAUUGUACUGUGGCUUUGAGAGGUUGAAUUAUGUUAAUAACACUGUUGCUUCAAGACAAAUGUCAAUGGCAGAACUAAAAAUUAACAAUGCAUAUUACACUUUCCAAUAUUUACAUUAAUUGCUUGUGAUUUGGAAUAAGAUUAUUUCUGUCAAAAAUAUACUUUGUUGAUAAACUAUACAAUAACAGAAUUGGAACAUGUCAUUAUCUUCAUUCACGGUACCGUAUAAUUCAAUACAUUCAUUCUCAAUCUGUCAAUGUCACUAAUCUUUCAUCCUCAAACCUUGUGUCAGUGAAUUAUUGAGAGGCUAUGAAGAGG